AUGCCUGAAUCUGGAAUAAGGAUCAAUCCGGAAUGCGUCACCGCGUUCGCGGAACUGUCCAAGGAGCGUAAGCACCGGUACAUUAUCUACAAGAUUUCGGACGAUCAGCAGGAGGUCGUUAUCGACAGCAUCGGCGCCCGCGACAGCGCUCGCGAACUCGAGCUGGGCUGGGAACAAUUGUGGGAAGAGUUCGCUCAGAAAUUGAAGACGGCAAAAUUCACCUGGCAUACUGGCGCCACUUCUGAGCGUGGACCCCGCCUCGCCGUCUUCGAUGUGCCUUUUUCGCUCCCCGGUGAAGGCGAUCGGGAGAAAAUCGUCCUCAUCUCCUGGUCAUCGGAUGAUGCUUUCGGGUCCAUCGCUGGCAAGGGCAAGAUGGCUUAUUCCUUGGCCAAGCCAGUUCUCGCGAAUGCAUUCGGCAGCAGCGUCAUCGAAAUUCAAAUCAACGACGAAGCAGACCUCAACUGGACUAACAUAAAGAACGCGGCCAGCAAGGGCAAGGGCGUCUAG